AUAGAUUGAUUCCCGCCAAUAAGUUGCAAAUCGCAAUGGAAAUUGGAAAGCCGAGGAAGUUUCGACUUGGACCAAUAUGUAAUAGCAUUCAAUAUUAUAGUUUAUGCCCUAAAGGCUGUGAUGUAUGAAAAAAAAAUCCAUGUUGUCUUAGCUGUCUUUCUCGGUCGUUAAUGAUCCAACACCAAAAAUGGUGUAAUAUAUGGGUUUGAGUCACCCGACUUCUUGAUUGACUGCAAUUAACUAUAGUGACAAGAAAAUAUUUUAAUACUGAAUACUAAUAAAUAAUAAUUGUUUUCUAUCUAAAUUAUAAUAAUGGCUUUGGACCUGAGCGUGUUUGACGACUACACACAGUCAUCGUUGAUGAGAGAGUCGAUAUUGACAGCAAAAAGUGUAUUCAGUUACACAGAAGUUGAACUCAGAAAUAAAGCCAAUUUAACGGCGUCUGCUGCAAGAAGAGUAUUUAUUGAAGCAUCUAAAAUUGGUCUACUAAAAUACAAACUAAAAUUCAACGAUGAAAUUAUUACGACGGGAUCCAAAGAUAUAGAUGACAUGUUAGGCGGUGGUCUUUUCCAGUGUGGCAUUACAGAGAUAUCGGGAGAGAGUGGUUGUGGAAAAACACAAUUUUGUCUACAAGUCGCACUUACCGUUCAGUUACCAUUAUCUCUAGGAGGAGCAAAAUCUGGAGCUGCCUACAUUUGUACAGAAGAUCGGUUUCCUUCGAGUAGAAUCCAACAAAUGAUUAGUAACAUAUAUUCUAAGUAUCAGAGUAACAACAGAAGCGAUAGCUUAGAAAUGUCACAAAUAAAUUAUGGAGACAAUAUCUUAAUUAAUCAUGUCGCCACAGUGGAAGAUUUGAAGAAAUGUGUUCAUAGUAUGCUUCCCAAAGUGCUGAAUCAUAAAUCGAUAAAACUCAUAGUCAUAGAUAGUAUAACUGCUGUAUUCCGAGGAGAAUAUGCACAGAAUGAAGCUCAGCGCAGAUCUAAAGAUUUAAGAGAUGUUGCAUUUUGGUUAAAUAAUUUAUCAGUAAAAUUUGGGUUAUGGAUCCUGUGUGUCAAUCAGGUGACAUCCUCGUUAUCAGAAAACGAUGGCAGAAAUUUGGUUCCUUCUUUAGGAUUAUCAUGGGCUAAUUUAGUAACAACGCGACUAAUGAUGUCCAAAACAGUAAAUUUUAGGUACAUAGAAUUGAUGUUUAGUCCACAUGCAGGUCCCAAACGUAUUCCAUUUACAGUAACACAACGAGGAAUUGAAACAGAAAAUUGAGCUUUUAAUGAGUUUAUUUAUAAUUAUUGUUUCUUAAUUUAUAUUAUAUAUAUAUAUAUUUUACCUAAUGAUCAGUCAUAAUACCUUUUCCCAUUGUUUUAUAGUAGUUAUAUAAACAAAUACAAAUUUUUAAGUAAAAAAAAUAUU